GGUGCUCUCGGAUCUUGUCGGUGGUCACAUUGUCCGGUUGCUGCUGGAAUAAAUCUCCGUGUCGUUGCUUUCAGUCCCGGUUCGUCCUCGUUGCUGCCGCCGUUAAACAUGUCGUCAGUGGAAUUUCCCGCCGCGCUGCUUCCCGCCGCAGACAACCCGGUGAAGAUGGGUAAAAGCACCGCAGCAGGUCUGAGGAGAGCCGCUCUGGGAGAGAUUACCAACUUUCCUGGAGCCGCAGUCAACACAAAGAGGACGGGACGAGCCAAAGCGUCGGCCAAACCGUCCUGUGCCCUAAAAGCUGCGCCCGCUGCGGUCCAGGUGGUGCGUCCAGUAGUCCGGGUUCAAGCUCCUGCAGAUCCUCUCCCCCCGGUCUCAGAGGAGUCUGCUGACGUGUCCAUGAAGGAGGAAGAGGAACUGUGCCAGGCUUUCUCCGAGGCGCUGCUCACCGUGGAGGACGUGGACGAGCAGGACGCCGACCUGCCGCAGCUCUGCUCGCAAUAUGUGAAAGAUAUCUACAGUUACCUCCACGUCCUGGAGGUGCAGCAGGCCGUACGAGCCAACUACAUGCAGGGUUAUGAGAUCACCGAGCGCAUGCGAGCUCUGCUGAUCGACUGGCUGGUCCAGGUUCACUCCAGGUUCCAGCUGCUGCAGGAGACUCUGUACCUCACAGUUGCCGUCCUGGAUCGUUUCCUCCAGGUCCAGCCGGUCUCUCGCAGGAAGCUGCAGCUCGUCGGCGUGACGGCCAUGCUGGUGGCCUGUAAAUACGAGGAGAUGUACGCGCCGGAGGUCGGAGACUUCGCCUACAUCACAGACAACGCGUUCACCAAGUCUCAGAUUCUGGAGAUGGAGCAGGUGGUUCUGAGGACGCUCAACUUUGAGCUCGGACGUCCUCUUCCGUUACACUUCCUCAGACGGGCUUCAAAAGUGGCUAGUUCUGAUGUAGAGAGACACACUCUGGCCAAGUACCUGAUGGAGUUGACCCUCAUCGACUACCACAUGGUUCACUAUCGGCCCUCUGAGAUCGCCGCUGCCUCCCUUUGUCUCUCCCAGCUGCUGCUCGACGGGCUGCCGUGGUCUCAAACACAGCAGCACUACUCUACUUACGACGAGGCCCACCUGAAGCCCAUCAUGCAGCACAUCGCCAAGAACGUCGUGCUGGUGAACGACGGGAAGACAAAGUUCCAGGCUAUAAAGAACAAGUACUCGAGCAGCAGACUGAUGAAGAUCAGCCUCAUCCCUCAGCUGAAGACGCCCAUCAUCAAGAACAUGGCGGCCGCUGUGCUCAGUUCUUGAGGGGAACUUUUCUACAUUUCAGAGGACAUUUCUCUUGCACUUUAUUUUAGAUUGUUGAUAGCGACCUGUGGAGAAACUCUACUAGUUUUUUAAUAAAAUGUUUUUAUGAAUUUUUGAUUUUCUGGGCACUUAUUUCUCUUUAAUCAACGUCUUUAUAAAACUCUCUCGGUACGCGGACUUUACUCGAGUGCACCUUCACGUCAGUCCUGAGCUGCUGGUUUUAAACCGAUAACUUCAAUCUUUACUGAGUCUGUUCUACCUCCAGUGUCUGUAAGUGCCUAAUGUUUGAGUUGUUCCCCUGAUGGAUAUUUUCUAUGGUUUUUGUUGUCCUAUCAUGUUUCUGAUGUCAUUAAGCAAUCAUGCAGGUUGUGGUGUAAUUCAUGGUAUCAGUUAACUGUUUUUAAGCUUUACUCAUGUAUUUAACUUUGAGAUCUGAAUAGAAAUGUUUCACUCACCAAAAAGCUAAAUUUCCUAAACUUUAAAUCUGAAGAAACCAAAGUGUUUGUCUUUAAACAAUAAAAGUUUGUGUGAAGCUGA